UAUGGAUCUCGUGUCGAGAUACUCGAUCGCUUUCGAUAGAUUUGCUGUGAAUAUGAACGGAGACUCCAUAGUGUUUUAUAAUUAUCUGGGAAAAAGCUUUUUACUGAUCCGAAAAAGCGAUUUUAGGCGGUUAUAUGAUUUUAAAUGCGAUGAAUGGCAGGAAAUAAAAUUUAUAUCAUGGUCUGAAAAGGGUGAGAACUUGGUUAUUUGCUAUAACGAGGAGGUUAUAGCCUUUAAUAUCUACAGCAAAAGAACUGAAUUUUGCCUUUCGGUGGACCGAGAGAUCAGAUGUGCGUACCUUCUUGACAACAGAAAAAUCCUGCUUGAGUAUCCGAACGAAAUCAAACUGGUAAAUCAGUGUGCUCAGUCUGAAUGUAGCUUUUACAUAGAUUCAUACACCAAAACUAGGAACAGAAUUGUGUUCAUUUUUGAUGGAUGUCUAACAGUGCUGAGCCUGGAUUUUAUUGUUCUGUUUCAGCGGUUCAUUUCCUAUGCCAGAGUGCAACAGUUUGAUGUAUACAAGAGUAAGUAUUACUGCAAUGUGGAUGGCACAGUAAAAGGAGUAGACUAUGUAUUCGAGUUGACCGGCGAAAUAAGUGAAUUCCGGCUUACUAAGAACUUUAUUUACUGUUACAACAAGAACGAGAUAAAAGUAUUCGAAAAGCACUCCGAUGCUUUAUUACUUGCACUAAAGGCCGAUACCUUUUUUAUCGACAAGAAGAAUGAAGUUCUUUAUCUGCUACAUGGCAACUCUUUUCUGAUGUACCAAAAGCCAAGAAAACAGUACCUAUUUCAAAUGAUUGAUGAGAACAUACUUUACAAGGAAAAGGAACACGAGUUUGAUCUUUCAGACGACGUAGAACUGAUACCGUAG